GUGAAGCAGUAGCUCAGUGAAAACAAUCAAAAUGUUCAAAUACAUGAUCGUCCUUGUCUGCAUGUUGGUGGCAGCUAUCGCUGACCCCAAGCCGGGUGUGCUGUACAGCGCAGCAUACACAGCGCCGGUGGCUGCAGCGUACACCGCUCCCGUGGUGUCGGCCGCCUAUACCGCGCCCCUCGCCUACUCCGCGUACUCCGCACCCCUCGCCGCGUACUCCGCCUACCCCUACGCCUCACCCUACGCCGCUUACUACCUGCGCAAGUGAUUUCAACAAGACGAUGACAACACA